CCUGUGAAAUGUCACUCGAAUACAAUCGAGUGGUGACCGCUCGGAUCCCAGUAAGGGAUAAGUUUCCCGUGCAAACGCCACUAUCCAGAGACAGGACGGGUUGGAAUGGAGAGCAAAUCGACCCCUUGGAGCUACACAGCUGCUGUUCGAACUCACCAGUGGCAACAACCGUGCGAAUCGCUUGUCCCUGGGUGUGGAGCAAUGGGAAUCGAAGACCGGCGCUAAAUUCCCGUGGAGUCAUUGAGACCGUGGUGGAAAUCCUUGAUGCCAAGACCAAGGAGCAGCUCUGCUUCCUCGACAAGGUGGAGCCAAAUGCCACAGUUGGAGAAAUUAAAUCUAUGUUCCAUAAGUCAUACCCUCAGUGGUAUCCAGCGAGACAGUCCAUCAGAUUAGACCCCAAGGGAAAGUGUGUACGCGAUGAAGAAAUUCUACAGAUGCUCCCUGUAGGCACUACUGCUACCUUUUACUUCAAAGAUUUGGGCCCACAAGUAGGAUGGACCACAGUGUUCCUGACAGAGUAUGCAGGCCCACUGUUUAUCUACCUGCUCUUCUAUUCUCGCCUGCCUUUUAUUUAUGAAGAAGAGGAUGAAUUUACCACUAGCCCGCACACUGUGGUGCACCUGGCAGGAUUUUGUCACUCUUUCCAUUAUGUCAAAAGGCUGAUUGAAACGCUGUUUGUGCAUCGGUUUUCUCAUGGUACAAUGCCUCUUCGUAACACUGUUAAGAACUGCUUCUAUUACUGGGGUUUUACUGCGUGGCUGGCUUAUUUCAUCAACCAUCCACUUUACACACCUCCCUUAUAUGGCGACCAACAGGUCCAUCUGGCUCUUUAUACCUUCCUGGUAUGUGAAAUUGGAAAUUUCUCAAUCCAUAUAGCCCUGAGGAACCUGCGCUCUGAAGGAUCCAAGACACGUAAGAUUCCUUACCCAACAAAGAACCCUUUCACUUGGCUCUUUUUUUUUGUGUCCUGCCCCAAUUACACCUACGAGGUAGGAUCCUGGAUUGGUUUUACUAUAAUGACGCAGUGUCUUCCAGUCGGUCUCUUUACCCUGAUUGGUUUCUUCCAAAUGACUGUUUGGGCGAAGGGCAAGCAUCAUAUGUAUCUGAAGGAGUUUAAAGAUUAUCCCACCCUCCGCAUGCCGAUUAUUCCUUUCCUGUUGUAAUGUAGCACAGUUCUGAGGCACCAAAAAGGUCAAAGCCUCCUUGGGAGAAAUCCUCACCCUUUUCCACACCCUGACAAUUAAACCAGGGCCUUCAGUGCAUGUCAACCUUCAGCAUGGGACUGCCAACUUGAAAUGCUCAUAUCUGUAUAACUGACUCAGAUCACUGCAUUUGCCCAACUCAUUGUAGGUUGAUUUAUUUUAUUAUUCCUCAUGGUUUACAUUAGAAACCAUAUCAGUCCUUCCUCAGCGCCUUACAUUAACUUUGCCUUAAUGCAAAGCUUGAAUGUUUAAUCACUUCUCAAACUACACAACCACAGCCAUUAAUACUGUACUGUCUGCUAAGCAUGCUUGCUGUUGGUUUAAGUGUAUUGGGGAGUGAUCCACUGUUUUCAAGGCUUUGUUUUGAAAUAUUUAGAUGCUGACAACAAAGAGUGGCCCGCGUGUGUUAUUUUGCAGAUCCUUUGCUUGUACUGUCUGUUGCCAAAUAAAAAUAAUUUAGUUGAAAUGCUUUCUUUUCAAAGAAAAUAAAUACUAAAUAAAGGGUGAAAUGAGUGAUGUUCUAGGGGAAGCUCCUCUUGGGUGAUGGCCCGUGUCACUGACAGAAUUUACAUGUUCUCGUACAGCCAGUAUGAUCGGUAUGGUUUGUGAUGAAAGAGGUGUGCUUUUUCUUACCGUGGAUAUUUAUUCCCCAAAUAAAA